UCUACCGCCUUCACUGCUAUCGAGUCGGAGUCAGUCGGAGUCUCCCCCAAAAGAGUGCAUCCGCGUUACGUCGGAGCGCAUCUGCGGAAACGGGUGGCGAAAGCGGGACGCGCGUCCUACGGAUCUCAGAGGGCAACAUUGUUUGCGGAACGGUGUUCCCAACCGCAGCUGACGCUUCGCGUCGAAACGCCGCGCCGUGCGUGGCCACUCAAUCUCGUCGCUAGAAUCUCGCGUUUUCGUUACUACCGUUCCAUUUCGAUCCUGACAGAAUGGGGACGUUUUGCUACAACUUCUCCCAGUACUCGCUGGCGGCCAUAAGCCUUGUGUUUUUGAUCAUCUCGGUAACAGUAAUUACAAUGGUAGCAUGUAUGUUAUCGGACAGAACGUAUUUAGUAUCCAUCGCCGAGGAAGGAAACAACUAUGAAGCAGGCCUGUACAUUCUGCUUUUCACCGGAAUUCUCAUGCUUAUCGUCUCCAUUUUGGGCUGGUGUAGUGCUUUGAAACUUUUUCGGUAUUGUCUGGCCACUUUUAUUAGCAUUAUGCUCGUUAUCAUUGUCGCACAAAUUGCAUUCGGGGGCUGGCUUUACGUUCAUAAAGACCGUUUGGACGAAUUGGUGCGAUCUUCCGUGAUAAAUACCGUUAAGGAUGAGUAUGGCGAGAUACAAUGUCGCACGCAAAUUAUGGAUACAAUUCAAUCCUCUCUUGAAUGCUGCGGAGCUAAUGGACCUGAAGAUUGGGCUGGCAGCAAGUAUGGAAAGCAAGAUUCUUCUCAAUCACGCCUCAAUUUUGGCGUUUCAAACGUCGAAAACAUAUUCAGAAUACCAAAAUCCUGUUGCAAAGAUACGGAUAGCACAGCCUGCAGCCAAGGACGUCAAAUGAAGAUUGCCGGAGUCGUGAGCUCUGCGAUUUACAGUGAGGGAUGUAUGGAAAAAUUGGUGAUUACACUGAAGACGCAAACUUAUCACUUUUUGGGUGCAGCCCUAAUAGUUCUAGCCCUAGAAGCUUUUAGUUUAAUACUCGCUUUAAUUUGCUGCUACAAGGGCGGAUCGUCAGAUAGAUACAAGGCUUAAACUGAUGUCAUCGUGCGUAUCAUAUAAGAAUCUUCCCUUUACUGAGUGUCCCACAAUAACAGCGUAAUACCAAAAAUAAUCAAAAUUUUGUUUUUGUGCCAACAUCAGUGGAUUGGUAAAUUGUAUCCUAUGUUCUGCCAUGUAAGACAAACGAGACGUUUAUCUUAUUUUCACAUAGUACAUAUAAUAAGUAACCAAUUCUUAUGCUGUGUAUUAUUAUUCUGUACAAAUUGGUAUGCGUUAUUUUGGGACCAAGAUCUGACAUAUAUAUA